ACAACAACAAAUUUGACUCUUAUUAGCAUGUGAACAUUGAAAAUAAUUGCAAUCAUCAACCCUUCAUGUAAAUAAUUCAACACUAAACAAAGUUCGGUCAUGUCAAAUACAUUAUUAUGGACAGCCGUAUACCCCAACCACGACAUAUCGUGAUCAUAGGGGGUGGUGUCAUCGGCACUACAACAGCAUACUAUCUCACCCGACAUCCCUCCUACAUCCCCGCCAUCCACCACAUCACCCUCCUUGAGGCCACCUCCAUAGCCGCCGCCGCAUCAGGCAAAGCCGGCGGUCUCCUCGGCCUAUGGGCCUACCCGGCCUGUCUAGUCCCGCUAUCCUACCGCCUCCAUGCCGAACUCGCGGCCGAACACAACGGCGCCGCAAACUGGGGAUACCGGCGGCUGGGGUGUGGGCAGAUCGCCGCGACGGUGAAAAAGCCAAGCUAUGGUUCUUCCACUACCGCCACUAAGCCGCGUAGGAAACGGAGCAGCAGCAGUCUCGGUCCCGGCCUCGGCCUCCCCACGCCGCAAGACGAUGAUGGACAGCAAGAUGAGCAGGACGAGCAGCAAACGGAAUGGCAGAAGCUGCCCAAGCAGGACGCGAAAGCGAGCGCCCUGCUCCACGAGUCCGUGCUGCCCGCAGACCUCGACUGGAUUGACGGCAGCCUUGUGAGCGAGUACGCCGAGAUGGGACUCCCGGGUUACACCGAGACAGCACAAGUGCAUCCCUACCAGUUCACGACAUCGAUCGCGUCGCUCGCGCGCGCAGGCGGCACCGAGAUCCGCCUCAACGCCAAAGUGACCGCCAUCGGCCUCAACAAGACCGACACCGCCGUCUCCAGCGUCGCGUACCUCGACCGCUCCACAGGCGAAACGCAGACGCUCGAAGGCGUGACGGACGUCGUCCUCGCCGCGGGGCCAUGGACAGGGCGCCUGUGGCCACGCACCAAGAUCGCGGGCCUGCGCGCCCACAGCGUCGUCUUCGCCGCGCACGUCAGCCCCUACGCGAUCUUCACCGACAUCGCCCUCCCCCCCGACUGGGUCCCCGCGCACCGAGCCCUGCGCGGCGAGAGAAGGCGCAAGCACCGCGGAAACGUGGACCCGGAGAUCUACGCGCGCCCCGGCGGCGAGGUCUACGCGUGCGGGGAGCCGGACUCGCUCGCCCCGCUGCCCGAGACCGCCGACGCGGUGGAGGUCGACGACGCGCAGUGCGACGACCUCGUCGCGUACAUCGGGACCGUCAGCCCUGUUCUCGGCGCCGCGGCUGUCGCUGCCAAGCAGGCGUGCUACCUGCCGCGGCACGUGCGCUUCGGCAAGGAGGAGAGCCCGCCGCUCGUCGGGCCCGUUUCCAAGGUCAAGAGGCUGUGGGUCGCGGCGGGGCACACGUGCUGGGGGAUUCAGAAUGCACCGGCGACGGGGAAGCUGAUGAGUGAGUUUAUCUUUGAGGGCGAGGCGAGGAGCGCGGAUGUGGGGGAGUUGGAUCCGAGGAGGUUUAAGGUGUGAGGUGUGAGGUGUGAGGUGUGAGUGGCGUUUGCUAAGGAGUGGUGGGCUGAAGUGAAAGGGGAGGAGGGAGGGAGUGUUGUUGGGGGGGUGGGAAUGUGGGGA